AAAUGGAAAAAGUUGACAUCAGGAAGUAGUUGGCCGCGUUUUGCACAUUGUAGACAGCUUCACGAGUGGCAGUGCCACAACACUAACCGCCAGUGUUGUUUGUAGCUAUCCCAGUGUACAGGAAUGGGCUGGCUGUAACAUUUUGUCAUUUUCGUUAGUAAUGCGUGCGUUUGCAUUGUUUAUGUGGUGACAUUUCUAAAUGUCUACAUUUUAGGGCAAGGUCAAGCAAAUUCACAAACGCGUUUCGUCGUUUGUGUCAAAUGAGAAGUAACGUUAGACAGGAAAAAAAGGCUUCGUCGUUUUGACACAUCACAGAGAGGGGCAGAGUCAGUGGCAUAUGAGUCGAGAAGCGGAUCUAGUGCGACUUUGACCGUGGAAAUCUCACCACAGCAGGAAACGCGAAACCUUGGGAAUCCAUAAUUCACGAUGGAAUAAUGCUUUAGGAAGUUCCAAAAUCCAGAAACAACGCCACUGGGAUUACAUUUGAAUGUUUUGUUUUUCCUUUCUAAAUAGAAAGGUAUUUGAACUAUUUUCGGAGUUGUCUUUCAUUGUGACGUUUCACUUAACAUCUCAAGUCGAUAUGUAUACGAGCAAUGCCCGAAUGAGGAGAUAUAGCUAGGGGCUCAAUAUGAGGAAUCCGGAGAAUUGACCUCUGUUUGGAACCCCACCACGCGCCUUGGAGAAUGGCAUCAAAUGAAAGAUUGUACGAGGUCUGGAUGCUGUAUUGCAACAAGAGGGACCCAGACUACCUGAAGCUGUGGCUGGAGAUCUUCAUUGGCUCCUAUGAGAGAUGUCUAGAUGUGGACUUUGAGAAGCCACCCUCCAGGUUGGAGGAGCUGCCUCCAGUGAUGACCCUGCUGCCAGACAACAUCCUGCAGGUGUUGCGGCACCAGCUGCUCCAGUGUGUCCAGAAGGCCUCGGACGGGCUGGAGCAGGAGCAGCAGAACCUGGCCCUCCUGCUGGUCAAGUUCCUCAUCGUCAUCUGCAGGAACCUGUCCAAUGUGGAGGAGAUUGGCACCUGCUCCUACAUCAACCAUGUCAUUACCAUGACAACGCUCUACAUCCAGCAGCUGAAGAGUAAGACCAAGGAGAAGGAGAUGGUGGACCAGACUCAGGCCGAGGAGUUUGUCCGCCACUCUCUGGCCUUCUGCGAGAGCCUGUACGACCCCUACCGGAACUGGAGACAUCGCACCUGCGGGGACCAGCGGAGUACAGUGGAGAAGAGCAGACAGAAACACAAAGCAGCUCCUCUCACCGUGGAGUUUGUCCCCUUCUUCUACCAGUGCUUCCAGGAGAGUGAACACCUUAAGGACAGUCUGAAAUGCUGUCUGUUACACCUGUUUGGAGCCAUCGUGGCAGGGGGACAGCGUAAUGCUCUACUAGCCAUCUCCCCAGCCACCAUGGAGGUUCUGCUGCGUGUGCUGGGGGACUAUGAGGGGGGAGACAUGGACGGGGAGGACUGGGACAGUGAGGCUCCAGACCGGAAGUCCCUGCUCACCCUGGGCUGUCUGAGGGAGGUGGUCCACUCCCUCCUGGCCAGCAGCUCAGACCAACGCCAGGUGGAGAUCGGCUCGGUUCUGGAGAACUACUUCAAACUGCUCAACUCUGAUCCGGCGGCAGCGGCCGUGCAGCAAGGGGUCAAAGGUCAUAAGGUGCUGGGCCGCCACUGGGAGAGCCGCUUCGUAGCGCUGCAGGUGCACAUGCUAGACACUAUCAGGGAUAUGUUCCUGUGUUCGGACCGUCCCGUCCUGCAGGCCAUCUUCCUCAACAGCAACUGCUUCGAGCACCUGACACGCCUCCUACAGAACAGCAAGCUGGUUAAUGCUAGGUGCACGACAGCAGAGAAGGACCAGAAAGAUUUCACCAACAGGUUACUGACAGUGACAGGAGAGAGUGACACCCAGGUGUUUCAAGGGCGACUGGACUCUCUCGCCGUGGCAACCAUCAAAGCCCUGACGACGGUGAUGCACAAGUCACCUGCUGCAAAGGAGGUGUUCAAGGAGCGGAUUGGCUACACUCACCUGUUUGAGGUUCUGGUCUCCCUGGGCCAGCCCUCCAGACACCUGCUGAAGGAACUGAUGAAUAUGGCUGUGGAGGGUGAACACAGCUCGGUGGGUAUCCUGGGCAUCAGUAACGUGGAGCCCCUGCUCCUCCUCAUCCAGUGGCUCCCAGAGAUGGACUCUGCUGAGCUGCAGGUGUUCACUGCCGACUGGCUCCGCCGCCUCUGCUGCAUCAACCGACAGACGCGCGCCACCUGCGUCAACGCCGCCAUGGCCGUGCGGCUCCUCGCCACCCUUGGGCACCACGCUCGCCUGCACCGGGCGUGCGCUGAAAGCCUUGUCAGUUUGCUGGGGUCGCUGGGGAGCCAGUCGCUGAGCGGCGGUGAGCUCCUCCAGUUACUCAGGCUUCUGAGGCCGCUGGAGCCCGGGCAGGCUCACCCGUACGUGGGCCCGGUGUUGAGGGCGGUCCUGGGCAUGGUGCGGAAGCAGGGUCUGGAGAGCGCCAUGCAGUACUUUGAUCUGUCGCCCAGCAUGGCUGGCAUCGCCGUGCCGAUGGUGAUGCGCUGGCCAGGCCCCGCCUUCAGCUUCCUGGCCUGGCUCUCAUUGGACCAGGACCAGCAGGGACUGCCUGGCAAGGGAGACAAGAGGAAGCAGCUGUACAGUUUCUUCACCCCGGGAGGAACGGGCUUGGAGGCCUUCAUCAGUUCAGCAGGGGUACUGGUGGUUGCCGUGUGCACCAAGAAGGAGUACAUGACAGUGAUGCUACCAGACUACUCUUUCUGUGACUCACUCUGGCACAGUAUAGGUGUAGUCCAUGUACCGGGGAAGAGGCCAUUUGGACAGAGUCUAGUUUACAUCUAUGUAGAUGGACAGCAGAAACUGUCAGCACCACUCAAGUACCCAACCAUGACAGAGCCUUUCACCUCCUGCUGCAUCGGCUCAGCGGGCCAUCGGACCACCACGCCACCCCCCUCCCAAAUCCCAGACCCCCCCUUAUCCGGAGCGCCCCCUUCCGCCCGCUCCUCCCUGGGGGGCAUCCUGUCGACCCAGGGCUGGGGGAGCCUCCUUGGGGGCAAGCCUGAGUCGGUCACCAAGUUGAUCUCUGCGGGGACGCAGGACAGCGAGUGGGGCAGCCCCACCUCCUUGCGGGGCCAACUGGGUAACGUCAUGGUGUUCCACGAAGCACUGCAGCCCAACCACGUCAAGGCCCUCUGCAGCCUCGGGCCAAACUGCAUUUCUCCUUUCAAGACCCAGGAGGCGGAGCUCGGUGACCUCACAACUAAACUUCUGCUGCACUACUCCCCCAAGGCUUGUCGGAACCCCAUCUGUUUGGACCUGUCCCCCAACCUCCUCCAUGGGCGUCUGACUGGGAACAAGGUUGUCAACUGGGACAUCAAGGAUAUGAUCAACUGCGUGGGAGGUCUACCUGUCCUCUUCCCCAUCCUGGAGCAACUCACCCUGAUGACCCCUGAGAACCACACUGCUGCCGACCCCACGGGGUCAGAGUUCAUCAGCCCCACCCCUGACGCGGCCACCUCCCCUGGGGACGGGGACUGGGUCAUCCUGCCCUCCAACAGGUCCUCGGAGGCGCGUCUGGAGAAGAACCUGGUUGCCACGUUCCUGCUGGUGCUGAAGCACUUCCUGCAGCGUCACCCCAUCAACCAGGAGAGCCUGCUGCACUCCCAUGGAGUAGCCACCCUGGGGGGACUGAUGCAGAAGCUGCCUGCCAGUCUGGUGGAUGUGAGUGUCUUGGUGUCUGCUCAGCUCCUGGUGGAGCAGGUUACCUAUGAAAAGAACCAGCAGCUGCUGCAGCAGCUCCACACACACCUUCUGUUCAACUUCAGCAUCUGGAACCUGGGAGACUUCCCCCUGCGCAUCGGUCACAUCCAGUACAUGUCCACCGUCAUCAAAGAAAACAGGAAGCAGUUCCGGAAGAAAUACGGAGUUCAAUUUCUACUGGACACCAUUCGCCUUUACUACGGUAAGAGUGUCAGCAGGGAGGGAGAUAUUAGUGAAGACGACAAUCAGACCAUCCGAUCGUCCCUCUGCGGCCUCCUGAAGUAUUACAUCAGCAAGGGUAUGACCCAGGAGGAGAUGCACAGCAUUCUGGGAUACAUCGCCGCCAUCGGAGACGAGGAACAGCUGUGUGGAGUGAUAGAGUUGCUGCUCAGUCUGCUCCAGACCAGUGCUGCCAGGGACCAGCUUUUCCUGCUUCUGUUUGAGCCGGGGGCGGCCGACUCCUGCUACGCCCUGCUGCUCAACACCAAACACUCAGACCGCCUCCGAGAGCUCGUCUUCAAGAUGUUUGACCGCAUGCUGCGCUGCGACCGUGUCUAUGAGAAGAACAAGCAGAGGCUGAAGCUGAGGGAGGUGGGAUACUCUGGUCUCUCCCUGCUCUUCUCUGACCUCCACGUCACCCCCUCCCUCGUCAAGAGCCUGCUCAACCAGGUGCUCCACACAGAUCAUGUGGUGAGCUACAAGGACCUUAUGGCCCUGGUCCAGCUGACUCACCGGGCCGGGCCCAGCGUACGCCUGCUCGUGUGCAAUAGGCUGUACCAGCUCCUCCAGUCCCAGCAGGACGCGGCGCGGGAGAUCUCCAGACAGCUGUGCUGGCAGGAGACCCUGAUGAGGCUGUUCCUGCGCUCCCCCUGCGAGGGCGGCCCGGGGCGGGGCGACGCUGCCAGCACCUGCAGCCUGGACCUCAGCCGGGGCAGCGGCAGCCGCCUAGAACUGCCCCUGGAGAGGAGGGGCCGAGCAGGCAGCGCCGGGAGACUGGUGGAUGAAGACCGCCUCAGCAUGAGCUCCAGAAGAUCAGUGGAUAGUCUUGAAAAUGGGGAUGUGCUUUCGCUUCUGGACACGCCCGUUAGUCAGAUUGGGGAGGGCCUGUUGCUCAAGCCCUGGGCGUCUGGGGGAGGGAAAGCAGGGGGGUUGAGUUUGGACCUGUCCCACAUGAGUGCCUACGAGGGCGGGGAGAGCGGCAACCAGACGCCGGGGAGCAUGGUCAGCACGCCAUCGCCGCUGGAGGCAUCAGUCAAGGCCUUCCCAGAUGCCUCGGCGGCGUCCCUCACCGAGGACAGCUUCCUGUUCAGCGACAACAUGUCGUUGGGGGAGUCGUUCAGCUGUGCUGAGCGGACGGAGGAGGAGCUGUCUCGCAUGCUGCUGGAGAUCGUGCUGUGCGUAAUGUGGCGAGGCGUGGAGGGCUCGGACGAUGCCGCCUGGCUGGAGCGGGGGCAGGUGUUCUCUGCCCUCACCAAGCUGGGCACUACCAACGAGCUGCUGCUGCCUGUGGACCACAUCAAGCUCAGUCUGAUGGAGAGGAUGCUGGAGUGGGCUGUGACUGACAACCGGGAGGCCACGGCGGCCAUGUUGCCCCAGCACACCGAGAACGCUGUGCGGCUGCUCCACGUUGUGCAGGACUUCCUGCAGGCUGAGGGCCUGGUCAACCCCACCCUGUGGACAGAGAAGGUCCUGGAGGAGACAGUGACUCUGAUGGACAGUCUAAUGGUGUGGUACUCGUCAGGGGCCCAGUGGCUGCAGCUGUCUCAGGUGGGCCUGAGGCUUCUGUUGGGCUUCAUGGCCCAGGAAGACCCCCAGGUGUGUGCCUUGGCCACAGCCAAGCUGAACGGCAUCCUGCAGACCAAGAGCGUGGAGACUCAGGACGAGGCGUGUUACCUGCUGGGCAAGGUGGAGGGCAUCCUGAGACGCUCUGUAGGGGGGCAGACAGAGGAGACAUAUAUGUGCCUGGUGCCCCUGCUCCGCACGCUGCUCUCCAAGGUGAACAAGCUGCUGUAUAUGGAGCUGCACCUCCCCCAGCUGCCUGACACCAACGGCAGCCCCUCCUUCUUCGAGGACUUCCAGCUCUACUGCAACUCCCCCGAGUGGAGGGUCUACCUCGACAAAUACAUCAUCCCCUACAUGAAGCAGUAUGAGAUUGAGACGUUUAGCCAGGGUCACGAGACCAUGGCUCUGUUCUGGAAGGAGUGCUAUGAAAGCUUCAUGGUCAACCUGCACAAGAGAGAGAGGGAGAGGGGAGAGAGCAAGAUACGCUUCCAGGAGCAGUUUGUGGAGCCCUUCUCUCGGCGCGGCCGGCAGGAGAACCUGCGAUACAACAGCAUGCUGAAGCAGCUUCACAGCCAGCACAGCGCCGUCCUCAGGCAGUGGAGAGGAGCACGCCGCAGCCUGGUGUGUGAGAGAGGCCCCUGGGCAGACAGGCAGCAGAGUGAGAUGCACUGGCGAGUGUCCAGCGCGGAGAACUACUCCCGCAUGAGACUCAAACUGGUGCCCAACUACAACUAUGAGGACCACCGGCAGGCCAGCGCUCUCAGGGACAACCUGGGUGUCCAGCAGCAGAAGGUGACAUCUGAGUCCUUACUGCUGGAGGCGGUCAAGCAGGUGAAGGUCAGCGACCUGGAGGAUGACAUUCUGGAGCUGCCUGAAGACGACCCCGCAGCGACCAACAACACGGGGGACGUGGAGGAGGCAGGCCAGAAGGAGAAGCUGGUUCUGUGGGAGGACUGUGAGCUGGUCACCCAGGUGGAUGUCAGCCCUGGACGUCUGGAGCUCACCACCCAGCACAUCUACUUCUAUGACAGCAGCACAGAAAAGGAGGAGGGUGUUGGUCAGGACUUUAAGUGGCCUCUAGCUCAGAUCCGGGAGAUCCACCUGCGAAGGUACAACCUCCGCCGCUCGGCCCUGGAGAUCUUCCUCAUAGACCAGACCAACUACUUCCUCAACUUUAAGAAAGAGGUGCGGAACAAGGUGUACAGUAGGAUGCUGCUGCUGCGCUCCCUCAGCCUGUACGGCACGCGCUCACCACAGGAGCUGCUCAAGGCCUCCGGACUCACACAGAAAUGGGUGAACCGAGAGAUGACCAACUUUGACUACUUGAUCCAGCUGAACACCAUCGCGGGCCGAACCUACAACGACCUGUCUCAGUACCCAGUGUUCCCCUGGAUCCUGUCGGACUACACGUCAGAGGAGCUGGACCUGACGGACCCAGGGGUGUUCCGGGACCUGUCCAAGCCCGUGGCCGUACUCAACGAGCGGAACGCCAAGGCUGUACGGGAGAAGUAUGAGAGUUUUGAGGACCCCACGGGGACCAUCGACCGGUUCCACUACGGUACCCACUACUCCAACGCAGCAGGAGUCAUGCACUAUCUCAUCCGCGUGGAACCCUUCACGUCCCUCCACAUCGCGCUACAGAGUGGGCGGUUUGACUGUGCGGACCGCCAGUUCCACUCCAUCCCAGCUUUGUGGCAGACCCUCACGGACAACCCCAACGACGUCAAGGAGCUCAUCCCAGAGUUCUUCUACUUCCCGGAGUUCCUGGAGAAUCAGAACGCCUUUGAUCUGGGGCGCCUGCAGAUCUCCAAGGAGAGGGUGAAUGAUGUCAUCCUGCCUAAAUGGGCCAGGUCUCCAGAGGACUUCAUUUAUAAGCACAGGAAAGCCCUGGAGUCUGAGUACGUGUCGGCCCACCUGCAAGACUGGAUCGAUCUGAUCUUCGGUUACAAACAGCGAGGCCCAGCGGCCGUGGAGGCCCUCAAUGUCUUCUACUACUGCACCUACGAAGGGGCGGUGGACCUGGAUGCAAUCACUGAUGAGAAGGAGCGUAAAGCCGUAGAGGGGAUGAUCAGUAACUUUGGACAGACACCCUGCCAGCUGCUCAAGGAGCCACACCCAGUACGUCUUUCUCUGGAGGAGGUGGAGAAGAGGAAAGGUCGACUAGACGCCUCGCCACUCAGCAUCUUCGAGCACCUUGCCGAACUCAAGUCCUUCUUUGUCGAGGGGAUCAAUGACAACGUGCCUCUGGUGAAAGCCGUGGUCCCCAAGAACCAGUCCCACUCCUUCAUCACCCAGGGCAGCCCAGACACUAUGGUGACCCUGAGUCAGAACUGUCUGAUGGGAACCCACGGCUGGCUGCCUUAUGACAAGAAUAUCUCCAACUACUUUACCUUCAUCAAGGACCCCACCGUGGCCAACCCCAAGACCCAGCGGGUCCUGGGUGGGCCCUUCUCUCCGGGCGUGGAGGUGACCGCAGGUCUGUUUGUGGUGUCACAUGACGGGAAGCUCCUGUUCAGCGGUGGCCACUGGGACAACAGCCUGAGGGUCACCUCCCUGGUCAAGGGAAAGACUGUGGGACAUCACAUCAGACACAUGGACAUAGUCACGUGCCUGUCGACCGACUACUGUGGGAUCCACUUGAUCUCUGGAUCCAGGGACAACACCUGUAUGGUGUGGCAGGUGCUGCAGCAGGGAGGUUGUCCGGUGGGGCUGUGUCCCAAGCCGGUACAGGUGCUGUAUGGACACACUGACGAGGUGCUGAGCGUCAGCAUCAGCACAGAGCUGGAUAUGGCCGUCUCUGGAUCACGGGACGGGACGGUGAUCAUCCACACGGUGCGUCGGGGCCAGUACAUGCGGUGUCUGCGGCCGCCCUGUGAGAGCUCCCUGCCGGUCUCCAUCCUGCACCUGGCUAUCUCUUAUGAGGGGUGUGUGGUGGUUCACACCUGUGUAGAGGGCAAGGCCACGCUCAAGGAUAAGAACGGCCUGCACCUGUACUCUGUCAAUGGGAAGCACCUGUGUACGGAGGGCCUGAAGGAGCAGGUGACAGACAUGUGUGUGUCUGGGGAGUACCUGGUUAUCGGCAGCGAGCAGGGCUUCCUCUCAAUACGAGACCUGUACAGCCUGUCCCUGUGCGCCACCCCCAUGGCAAUGCGCGUGCCCGUACGCUGCGUGUCUGUCACCAAGGAGCAGAGCCACGUGCUGGUGGGCCUGCAGGACGGCAAGCUGAUCAUUGUGGGCGUGGGCAAGCCGGCCGAGAUGCGUUCAGGCCAGAUCACUCGUAAGCUGUGGGGUUCCAGCAAGCGCCUGACCCAGAUCUCCUCUGGAGAGACAGAGUACCAACCAGCCUGCAACCAGAACUGACCCCCACAACCACCCCUUCCACCCCUCCCACUACCACCACACCCCCUCACCCUGCUGCCUGCCUGAUUGGCCCGCAAGCCCUGCCAAUCAUCACAGUCUACCAAAUCAGAUUUGAACCACCCCUCGUUUUGAUUUGACUGAUGACUGUUUUGGGGGAAUCUUACUCUCCUUUUUUGUUCCUCCCUCUGACUUGGGAAGGACAGACUGACCCACGAGUGGAAGACGGGGGGGUGUGUGUGUGUGUUUUAACGGUGUGUAAAGGUUAGGCGGAUGAGUAGGGCAGGUCAGGACGGACCAACCGGCGCCGGCGUCGAGUUUCUGUGUGUGUGUUUUAACGGUGUGUAAAGGUUAGGUGGAUGAGUAGGGCAGGUCAGGACGGACCAACAGGCGCCGGCGUUGAGUUUCUGAUCCAACUGUAGGUGCAUACAUCCCCUCACCCCCCCCUCCCCUUCAAUGACACACAUGGCCAUUACUCUUCAUCUUCCUCCAUCAUCACUAGCACGGUCAGGCCAGUGGCUCCCACUACUACAGAGACCCUCUAUGCAGACACACACUACAGCAAUCUGGGCUGACCUCUGACCCCUCCACCUCUCAGGCCCAAGGAAUGAAGGGGAUCCCCAACGUAGAAAUGUAAUUACUCCAAUGGGAACACUUAACCUGGUUGACGGUCCACCCAUCACACAACACUGACUUCAAUGGGAAUUAUAUUUUAUAUUUCUCUGGUCAUCAAGAUGACCCACUUCUCCGAACCCUGAACCCGAGACCACUGAGCAGUGUGUGUGUGUAUGUACGCUCUUUUGUGUUUCUGUGUGUUGUCUCUCGCUGGUUGUUUUCUCCCGUGGGCUUUUGUUGACUUGGUUUUGCCUUCCAGUCUGACUAGGCUGUGACCGAUGCCUCAGGGCUCCUAUGCAGCAGUAAGGGGCUAUGUUCAGUCACAAUACAAUGUUUUUAUUUCGUUUUUUUGUUUGAUGUUACUGAUAAUUGUAGUUGUUUUUUACAGAUGCGUGCAUGUGCAUAAGGUCUGUGGUUAAGUUGUGUUUUGCGUGGCAUUUCCGGCCCACUCCUCAUUUAGUAUAGAGGACGGGGCCCUAAGGUAUCCAACACUCGUACUAAGCCUGACACACACACACUUGUUUGCUAAUGUACACUUGCAUAGACUCCUCCCUAUUGGAGAAGCCUGUGACUGCGUUCCAUGUCAUCUCUAUUGCAAUCUCAGUAGAUUUCUAUAUGACAUUUAAUGUGGUUUCUGAGACGAUGAACACUACUCCAGGCGUUGUGAAAUCUGAUAAUCGGCAAUAAAGACGACCUGGAACGCACCCAAAGUCCGCUAGUUUGACACUACAGAAGAAGAGAGAAGCCUAGUGUUGUAGAAUCACUAGCUACCCCAUACCGUGCCCAAAGGACUCGCUCCCCUCAAACACUACACUCUUACACACACUGCAAGCUUCUCACACUUGUGUUAGACCGCAUGCUUCGGAGGGACGAACCAUACUGAACCUGGCUUAGUGUGCAAUGUUUAGCUCUAGAUCCAUCCUAGAAUGUUUUUAUGUUACUUGAAUCAAUGUUUAUUUAUGAAUGAAAAUGAGCUUUUUUUUCCCCGUAGGCUAUUGAAAUUCACACUACAUUAUUUGUAUGUUUUUAAGUGGUGCUUCAGUUGUUCAACAAAGAUUUAUGCUGCGAAAAACUGAAGACGGUGGAUCGAUCCACCUUUCACAAUGGGAGUGGAGACUUUCUAAGGGCUUUUGAGAUGUCAGUGUUACAGCAAUACAGUUCCUUCCUCUGCUCCGCUGACUGUGCAUUGGUACAUUCCAGCCUCUUGUCAAGGCUGAACUAAAAAAAAAAAUCUCCAGUCUUCCUGGUUUUUCUGACCGGGACGACGCGAUUGGGAGAUUAAACUUAAUUCUGCCAAGGGACAUCCCAAACGGCUGUCAUCUUCCAACAGUCAGAAUCACCUCAGUGUUCCUCCUCCUUCCAUAAUUGUCUCUUAGUUGGGAGCCAUGUCCGCUAGUUAAGGUCCUCUGGAGUUCCAUAAAUGCAGUAACGUCACUAAACGUGUCUGUGAACCGGGCCUAAUGUGGCUUUUUGAGAUUUCAUGUGUGUUUUUAUGUCAAUGUUUGAGAUUAUGAAUGAUUUCACCCCCCAUUGAAUCCUUAUGGUUGUUAUGCUCCUGUCAAAUCAAAAGGACAGUUUGGUCGGGGUAGGUCAUCUGUUGCAUAAUGUGAGUGUGUAUGUUCAUGAUGACAGUAGUUUCUUAAAAUGCCAAAUUCCUUAUUUCCUUGUCAUAUCAUUUGCCUUCUUGGUAACAAUUCAGUGAUUCUGGUUCUUAUCUAUCUAUGGACUUAGAAUCAUUCAUUCUGAUUCUAUGGUGGUUAUAGAUUAGGCAUCAGACUUCUGUGCAGUGUGGUUGUUUUUGGUCUUCUCUUUUAAGUCUCUCCACAAUCUGUCCGGAGAAUACAAUCACAGACCAACGUGUGCCCUUUUUUAACCAAGAGGCCGUUUCAAUAAGUUUAUUUUUAAUUGUUUAUGCUGAUGUGUCUCGAUGGCAUACUCCUUUAAACAGUUUCCAUUCUCAUCAGGAUGUGUUACUCAUUUUUUCCAAAGGACGUAUUUAAUAAAUGUUUCUAUUUUUGUCAAUCUUAGUUUGUCAGGCAGACGACACCACUAUCUUGUUUUAGGACUCUCUUCCGACCCCACCACUGAAACAGUGCCUUUUUAUCCAUGUUGCAUCAUACAGACAAUUAUCCGGUUCGUGUGUACAAUUCUUUGUUUUACCCUUCCCUCCAUGAUAACCCAUGGAUAGCAGCAUUCCACAAACUUAACAUCCAAUAGGAACCAAGAAUCUAGAACUGUAAACAAAGUUGACUAAAAAUCUGAAAUAUAUUGGUGUCUUACCUUAGCUGCUUGCUCUGUGACUGUCACCAAAAUGGAUGUGUGUGUGUAUAUCUGAUUUAUAAAUACUGGUGUAUAAUGUACAGCAUGAUUUUUAUUUUAGUGGAUUUUAAUUGUACUUUUUGCACUUUCCAGGUACUAAAUUGUAAGUGAUUGUUUUAAAUGUUUCCCUGGUCCAUUCUGUACAGACAAACUGCUUUGUAUACACAAGUGGAAAGUAAUCAUUAAAGUCUUGUCAAAAAUGU